AUGCACUCAACGUUCUUCUUCCUAGCUUUGUUGACAAGCAAGCUGUCUUUGGCCGCUGACGAGUGCCAGCCUUGGACUUGGAAGCGUGAUGUCGAAGCAGCCGGGGAUAUUGUCUGCCGCUACGACGCAACGACCAGCUCAACUGUCAAUUACUACACUUGCACGGAAAUUUCUUUGCAAUAUUCAAUUUCGGUCGAGAAAUUCUUUUUGUUGAAUCCAGACCUUGAUCGUGACUGUGAAACAAUCAAACCAAACACCACCUAUUGUGUCAGGGGAUACGUUAUGCCACUGGUUACCGAGGACGGUUUCUGCGGGAGCUCUCACGAUAAUACCACAUGCCACUUCACUGACACUCCUUGCUGCAACUCAGAGACCUGGAAAUGUGGUGAUACUAGUGAAGAUUGCCGGCCUGGAACAUGCCAUAACAGCUUCGGGACGUGUGACGAACUUGGGUACUCAACAGACGGCAAGUGCGGGACCAACAAUGACGACCUCAAGUGCACCGGCAAAUGGGGAGAAUGUUGCAACAAUGACGGGUUGUGUGGAAAUGGGACAGACUUCUGCAGCAGCGGCGUGUGCCAGUCUGGCAACUGCGCCAUCGACGCCGUUACUCCGCCUCCAGUGUCGUCGCCUCUGCCAUGGAUUACUGGCACAACACCUGAUGGGACUUGUGGUGGAGCGUUUGGCUAUACUUGCGAUAUUGUUUUUGGCACAUGUUGCAGUUCUCGUGGAAUCUGUGGCGUUCUUGAGGAACAUUGUGGAACCGGCUGGUAA